ACUUGUGAUCAAGAUGAUGAGGAGGUGGAGAUCGCUGUGGACAACGCAGCCUUCAUGGACGAGUUCUUCUCUCAGAUUGAAGACAUCAGGAACAGUAUUGAUAAAAUUGACGAGAACGUGGCUGAAGUCAGAAAGCUUUACUCGGUCAUCCUGUCGGCUCCCACGUCGGAUCAGAAAACGCAGGAUGACUUGGAAUCAAUCACCAAUGACAUAAAGAAGAUGGCCAACAAUGCAAGAAACAAACUCAAGACCAUUGAGAGAAAUCUGGAGUCGGAGCAGCAGCAGGAGAGGGUGUCGGCUGAUAUGCGGAUACGUAAAUCGCAGCAUGCAGUGCUGUCCAGGAAGUUUGUUGAGGUCAUGACAAAGUAUAAUGAAGCGCAGGUGGACUUCCGGGAGAGGAGUAAAGGACGUAUCCAGAGACAACUUGAGAUAACUGGACAAGCGAAGACGGACGAAGAGCUGGAGGAGAUGUUGGAAAGUGGAAAUGCUGCCGUUUUCACUGCUGGGAUUGUGGACUCUGGGAUCUCAAAACAGGCUCUGAGUGAGAUUGAAUCCAGGCAUAAAGACAUCGUCCGUCUGGAAAGUAGCAUCAAAGAGCUGCACGACAUGUUUGUAGACAUCGCCAUGCUGGUGGAGAGCCAGGGGGAAAUAGUAGACAACAUAGAGCAGAAUGUAUCCCAGUCGGUGGAUCACAUUAUUCAAGCGAAGGAGCAGACCAAAAAAGCUGUAAGGUACCAGACCAAGGCCCGCAAGAAGAUGAUCUUCAUCGGUGUGUGCUGUGCUGUGGUUGUAGUCGUCAUCCUCAUUAUCAUCCUCACUCAGACACUAUGAUAGGACCGCCGGACCCCUACCAUCGCCGUCAUGUGUUUUCUUCACCCAGAUCGUCCAUUUUGUUUCAUCAUCUGCUCAAAAAAUCACCUGAUGCAAAUUCCUGUGUAGGGAUCAGUGCUGCUGGUGUUUAAAAAAAAAAAGGGGAAGAUGAUCUUUUGCGACUUCUUCAGUUCCGGACAAUCUACGGAUGCUCUGAUGAGGAAAUGAGAACUGAAAUGCGGCUCAGUACCUGCUUACACCUCUGUGGAAGCAACAAAAAGGGAACUGGGAAAAUAACUGACUGUUUCCUCAUCACUCCUCCAUCUCCGAACAACUCAUUGUUUUUAACAUUUGAUGCCAAAAUGGCACCCCUGUGUGUGUUUGUCCUAAGCUCUUCUUUAAACCAUGCAGGAGCAAACACACACACGCACAUACAAACCCCAGAUCCACUCUUCUUGCCUUAAUGAGCCUUGACACAUAUUACUACUUUAAAAGCUACUGAAUGUUUGCUCCUCCAGGUUAUGGUUGUUUUAAGAGAGUUCCAGCACUUUCACUGUUAAAAAUAUUGAAUUAAGCUACGGUUUACGUAAUUAUGUUGUAAAUAAUAGAAGUCAUGUUUGUGCACUGUUGACAGUCUUGUAAGAAAAUGUUCCUUUUUCAGAUAUGAAGGACGACAUAUUUCAGCAACAUUUGAAAGAAAAGGGCAACAAGUAAUCCAUUGUCUUGAGAUGGUGCCUUAAAUUUAAUCUUGGCAGAUAGAGUGUAAUAGAAACUGUUAAUGUGCUACCAAAGAGUUUGCAGAGACUAGAAUUAACACUAGUAAAUAUUUUUUUUGAUUUAACAAGUUUUUACAUAUAAAAGGGACAACUAAAUCAUGAGGAAAGUAACAACUCCUUUUAGGUGUAUUAAGUGAUUGUUUCCACCGUAAACGUACGGCUAAGCUACCAGUUUAUGAAGUGUAUCCAUUCAUUUUCCUCUUAGAAUGAUGUGCAGAGCCAUUUUUUCUUCAUGUUUAUAAAAUUAUUUUGUCACCAGAUAAUUUACAAAACACUUUGAUGAUCAUUUUUAUUUAUAUAUGCAUGAAUUGAAAUGAAAAGGUAACAUCAUGGAGCUUCUAUUUUAAUUUAAAAUAUUGUAUAAUGCGGUGAACUUCAUAAGCUGGUAGUUAAGUUGAAUGUUUAUUGGUCACCAUUAUUUUUCUCUGUAGAUAAUAUUCCAGACUGACAGUUUACAAAACAUUACAUUGGCUUUAGGACUUACAGUAAAGAAGGUGGUUGUGUGCAUAUGAAGGCGAGAUGUCAUUUCAGUCAGUCAACAGGAGCCAAAGCAUUUUUUUUUACAAGAUUCUGUGUCUUUACACUUUCAGGAAAUACUUGAAAUCAGCGUCCAGCAUGAUUUUUUUGUGGCCAUGCAGGUCACCGAAGGAAGAGCGGGGAAAAUUAAAGCUUGUUGCACAUUUCUUAUGUCAAAUAUUUCAAAAGAAUUAAAGAUUUGUUAGUUUUUUUCUUAAG